CUCCCCUUCCACAUACACACACACACACACACACACACACACACACACACUCUUUAAGUUCCAACACCCCCAGUGCCCCCCCCCACCAUUCCUUUCUCUCCAGUUUCCAAACCACGCCCCAUCUUGGUUUUCCUUUCUGAUUGGUUAUCUUGUGCCUCGGCCGCUUCCGAUUGGCCGGGAGAAGGCGUGGACCCUCGGUUUAAAGACCGGGGGGCGGGGGCGCGCUCCUCAGCCAGUCCACCCUGGGUAUAGGAGAGGCUGGCUCGGAUCAACGCUGUGUGCCCUGUGCCGCUGCCCGGUCUGUUCUUUGCUCUCACUGCCGCUACUGCCCCCUGUUCUUCCUUGGCCCGACCUGCCAGCCCUUUCACAGUCCCGAAGUCUCCCCACCCGGUGUCCCUAGAAAGAAGCACCGGGAAGCGCACAGGGCAGCGGAGAGUAGUCCGCGCCGUCGAGGCCGGGCACAGCUGGCGAGCUUGAGGGCUGAGGAGGGCGGAGGGCUGGGGGGCCGCGGCCAUGGUUGCCACUUGCCUGCAACUGGUUGGAUUUGUGACGAGCUUCGUGGGCUGGAUCGGCAUCUUGGUCACCACGUCCACCAAUGACUGGGUAGUGACCUGCGGCUACACCAUCACCACCUGCCGGAAGAUGGACGAGCUUGGCUCCAAGGGGCUCUGGGCAGAUUGUGUCAUGGCUACGGGGCUAUACCACUGCAAACCACUCGUGGACAUCCUCAUCCUGCCAGGUUACGUCCAGGCUUGCCGAGCCCUCAUGAUUGCGGCAUCAGUGCUGGGUCUACCCGCCAUCUUCCUGCUCUUGACUGUCCUGCCCUGUAUCCGGAUGGGCCAUGAGCCAGGGGCUGCCAAGUACAGGCGCUCUCAGCUGGCCGGGAUCAUGGUGAUUCUGCUAGCCCUGUGUGCCCUGGUGGCCACCAUCUGGUUCCCUGUGUGCGCCCACCGUGAGACCAUGAUCGUGAGCUUUGGCUACUCCCUGUACACGGGCUGGAUCGGGGCCACCCUCUGCCUCUUCGGCGGCUGCGUCAUCAUGUGCUGCUCUGGGGAUGCACAGUCAUUCGGCGAGAACCGCUUCUACUACUCUUCAGGCUCCAGCUCUCCCACUCACGCCAAGAGUGCCCACGUAUAGGGAGCCACUGGACUUCCCCGGGCUGCCCACUGAGGUGCGCCAGCCGAUGGACCGACGUGCCAGCGGGUUGUCGCCAAGCUCUGACGCCGAAGGUCUAGCAAAGCCUCCUCCCCAGUGUUCCGUAGCCUCAAUUGCCCACCUGCUGCCUUAAGAAAAACCUCCCCCUCGGUUGUACCCCUCCUGUUGCCCACGGUUCUGCCCAGUCGAAGGUCUCCCCCAAAUGCAUAUUAAAGAGCCUUGGGCCACGCCUCUGUUUCUCCUUUUUGCUUCGGGUAUCUUAGUUCGCUGGGGGGGGGGGGGGGGGCUUUUUGUUCUGGGUGCUUCUUGGCCCCGCCCCGUCUUCUCCCGGAUCCCACGUUUCUGAGUUGGGAGGAAUAAAAGGACACGUUUAAGCUGUUUCCAAUGGCAGCGGAAACCUUCUCGAGCUGCCUCCCGGGCCACGGAUGGCUCCUCUUAAGUCGCAAGGCCACCUGGUUGUAACAAACACCAAGAGAGAACGGGGCGGGGCGGGGCGGGGCGGGAGGGACCUCGGGAAAUCUGGAUCGUGCUGUGUCCAGGAAAGUUGAGUUUGGGGGACUUGUGGGGGGGGGGGAUGGGAGGGGCUCUUUCAGGUGAUUUGUUUUCCUUCUUCAAAUCUGGGGCUUCCCACCUCUCUGUAUAUAACCGCUGAUUUUUUUUCUGCUCUUUUUUGCAAUCAUGAUUUUCCUGAAAUUCUCCAUUCAUUGGUAUGAAGGAAAUGAACCAAUUCGGCUCUAACCACACGCUCCUUAACCGCGCCUAGCUUCAGAUGAGAUCUCCUAAAGCAGCUUCGGACUUUUUCUUUCUUUCUGGGUACAGGGUCGUUCUUAAACUGUCAUUUCACCUUUCCAUGUAACCAUUGAAAAACCACCACCACGACCACCGGCUCUCCUUCCCCCUUAGCGUCCAUGCUGACAACCAGCUUGACGAGGCAUUAUUGAACAUGUGCUGUACUGGGGUAUCUGGUCUCCUCCCCUGCUGGCCCGUUGGGCCACCGCUAGAGACGGCCGCCCACCUCUCCAAGUACUGCUGUACCUUAAGUGAAGUACUGUAAAAAUAAAUAACAGACUGUCUGCAAAA